CCUACAGCGCGCGUCUUGCACGCCGGAGACGAAACAGCCCGAGCUCCUGCAAAAGUGCCUGAAGGAAGUCCUUCCAGUUUGCAAUGGACAGGUCUCCGCUGGAGGCAUAUCGUCUUCGGGCAUCGAGACAGCCUUGAAAAAAUAGAGUAGAAAACGACUUCUACAGCCCUUUUAUUGAGGCCACGAACAUCGCGCUUGCUUGUCUUGAAGAGAACAAGGUCGACGGAAUGUGUGUUCCUGUUACCACCGUGGACAUGAUCUGUCAACAAAACGAUAUGCCCAUGUACCAAACCCACCAGAAGCUGAAAUCAAUUCGGAAGCCAGAGACUUUGAUUCUUCCUUUAAACAGCGCAUGCGCCCCAUUUAAAGAUGAGAAGGGCGGAAAGAAGAGCAAACAGAAGAGCAAACAGAAGAGCAAACAGAAAGACCACGAGAAGGGUAACGCGAAGUACAACGAGAAGCACGACGAGAAGCACGACACAAAGCGCAAGGCUCAUAUGGUCAAGGAUGCAAAGGAAAAGCCGCCAACGCCAUUCCUCUGGGCAGAUGUCCUAGCUUGCAUCGAGUUCAAGAGAAAGACAAAAGGGAUUAAAGCACCACCCUCUGCGUAUACAGCGACAGGCUAUGUCCCUACCAAACCAGAAUGUCUGCCGGUGGAUCAUCUUAAGGCUCAAUCCUCUGCGCCAGACCCUUCGCAGACACCAGCAACACAACCUGCGUCCGACACUGCACACUUCCACGGCAGUUGUGUUCUCUACGUUCUCGUAUUCCGCAAGCUCAAGCCAAUCAAGGAGCUCCACGCCCAUGAGCUUUUCGACGUGUGGUACCAAUGUAUUUUAUGUCACGUCACUCUGUGGAAGGAAGGGGUCUGUCAUCGUGAUGUUAGCCCUGGAAACUUGAUGUGGUACAAGAAAAACGGCAGACUGAUCGGUGUCUUAAACGACUACGAUCUAUCUUCAUUGGCUGAUGACCCGGGUCCACGGGGCAAUGAACGUACGGGCACGGUGCCGUUCAUGGCGCUCGAUCUUCUCACUGCGAGGGCUCAACGAGGCGAAGUCAAACACUUAUAUCGCCAUGAUUUGGAGUCGUUUGUGUGGGUUUUUACCUGGAUCUCCUUGCGUUACGACAACGGAGAGCUCCUCCCUGGAUCGCACCCCAUCGAUCUAUGGGCAACUUUAGACGCUGUUGCAUGUGGCAAGGAAAAGCAAUCGUUUCUCAAUUAUCUCGAAGAUUUCAGACCCUCUCACAUAAAGACGGUCGUUUGGUGUUUUAUUUUAGCUUGUUUCCAGGUGCUUGACAUCGAAGCCUCUAAGCGACGUCAACAACGGCGAGCAUUGGUUAUCAAGACAGAAGAAUCAUACCAGGAGACCAACAAUGAGGAAUCAGUAUCAAAUAUGGAUGAUUUGCUAGGCAAAUUCACAGGCGACAUAGCCUGGGUCAAGCUCAGCAACGCUUGCCGUUCACAGUGAUUUUCUUUAGUUGUUACACUACAUACUGCUUUCCGUAUUUCGCUACCGGCGUCAGUUAUCCAUGGAAUAGAUAGACUCUGGGCCCCAUGCUUUGUGUCGUUUUUAGUCUCCUCGUCCCAAAACGGUCAUAUAUCUUGAACCUUGGCCGCGUUUAAGCUUUACCUGGACCGGCUACCACAGGGAAGACCCAUACCUUAUACCUUGAAUUUUUUUCCAUCCCAUCCUCAGACAUUUUUGACAUUUCAGCAAGCUAUUCCUUUGGACCAGGAGGUUUCUGUCCGUACCGUGGUGUGCUCUCAGG